UUUUUUUUAAGUCUGAAAAUGUGUGAAACUGAGUAUUAAAUUCGACUGCAGAUACCAAAGCCUUUAGCGGUGAAGUCCUUCCUCUGGUUUAGUGUUGAAAGGGGGGAGUGGUUUGAUGAGAUCUGAGGCAAAUGGACUUCAAGCUCAGACCACAACUUCCCCUGAAGAGCUGCAAGCRACACAAUCGUCAUCCCCUCGCCAGUGCGCAGAGAGAAGCCAACGCCUGCCACCGCCUGCUGAUAGAGCCCAGUCCACCUGCUUCAAUCAUGGCUCCGUGGGACAGGAGUCCUCUUCUGGUGGCCAUUCCUCUGUGGAUGUGCUUUGGCAAAGUUGCUGCUCUCACCGAACCUGAGAUCUGUUACGUGCUGGACGGCAUCCUGUUUCUGUACGGCAUCAUCCUGACCACCCUCUACUGCAGAAUCAGG